CUAGUCUGCAGCUGAACACAGUUCUCGGAAGAAACGCUCCUCCUCAGACAAUAUCCAACUGCAAGAGGAAAAAGUGUACAGGUGACACCAAUGCACAAUCAUGGAUUGUCUUUGCAAGAUUGUCAUAAUCUUUUCAUUUAUAACUUCCAUACUUUCUGCAGACUGUCCAUGUAACACUGUGGGUGUUUGUGAUUGCUCAUCAAUGAACUUUGAAACAUUUCCUCAUAACUUACCUGAAGAUGUACAGGUGUUGAACUUGUCCAGCAACAGAAUACAAAUUGUUACUGAAAAUGAUCUGCAAACGUACGAGAAACUGAAAAUUCUCCUAUUACAGCAUAACUCAAUUCAUACAAUCCAGGAUAACUCUUUUGACUCCCUAAAAAGCCUUGGGGAAUUAGAUUUGUCAUUCAACAAAUUAGCACUUUUGAAAUCUGCUUGGUUUAAAAAUCUUUCUAUGUUGAAGUAUUUACGUCUCCAAGAUAAUCUGUAUUCAUCACUUGGUACCACCCCCCUCUUCGCCUUUCUUCCAUCCUUGAAGUGGUUAGAAAUUGGAGGUGCUUAUUACUUUGUUAUUGAAAAGCAAAAUUUUUACGGACUGGAGAGUUUAAGUACAAUUAAUAUCAAAGGACCAAAUCUCAAACAAUAUGAAACUGGAAGCUUAAAAUUAAUAAAAAGCAUAGAUCAUAUUAUAUUAAAUGUGAACACCACCGUAUUACCUGAUAUUGUUGGAGACCUUGUAAGUAAUGUGGAACUGCUAGAAAUAUACAAAACGUCACUUGCAGAUCCUGACGAUGUAUCUGCAUUUUCACUCCUUGAUAACACAAGUGUGAAAAAGAUCAAAUUCAAAAAUAGUUUAGUAACUGAUUCUAGUACAGCAAAACUUAUUGAAUUGUUUGACCUUUAUAAUAAUGUUACUGAAUUUAUCAUGGAGGACUGUGAACUAAAGGGAACAGGACAAGGUCAUCCAUUUUUAAAGCGUAAGAAUAGUUCAGUUACAACUGCGGUUAUAAACUAUUUGUAUAUACCAAAUUUCUUCUUGUUUUCUGAUCUACAUUUUAUGUAUAAUUUUGUGCACCAUUUUAAAAGCAUUACCUGCACUAAUUCAAAAGUAUUUUUAAUCCCUUGCCAGUUUUCUAAAUCAUUUUCAUCUCUUGUAUAUCUAGAUCUCACUGGCAAUUUGCUUGCAGAUUAUUUUUUAGCAAGUUCAGCCUGCUAUCCUCAAAGUAAAGAUGCAUGGCCCUUAUUGCAGACUUUAAAUGUGAGCAAAAAUCUUCUAAAGUUACUACCAUAUGUUGCAGAAAUGUUCUAUGAUCAUCCACACCUAACUAAUCUUGAUAUAAGUCAAAACAACUUUGGUGAUUUAGCAAUCUCUUUGUGCAAAUGGUCUCUAAAGCUGAAAUACCUAAAUAUCUCAAGCUGUCAAAUAAAGAACAUACACAGAUGCAUUCCUCAUGCUUUAGAAGUCUUGGAUAUAAGCAAUAAUUAUCUCACAGAAUUUAUGGCAGAUCUGCCAUUUUUAAGGGAACUUGAUAUAUCAAACAACAGGCUAGUAAAACUGCCAGGAGAUGCCCACCUUCCAAGUUUAGUAAAUCUGUUCAUCAGUAGAAAUAAACUAAAUGAUUUCUAUAAAUCAGAUUUGAAAGUGUACAGCAACUUGACAAAUCUGGAUGGAAGAGAAAACAACUAUGUAUGCUCAUGCAAUUUUUUGCCUUUUAUACAAACUCAGAACAUGGUUACACUUAUUGGUUGGCCUGAUAACUACACAUGUGAUUCACCUUCUUCAUUAAGAGGUAGACUUAUAGAAGAUGCAACGCUUUCUGUGCUGGCUUGUCACAAGGCAUUAAUUGUUGCCUUAGCAUGUAUCAUAUUAAUUGUCAUCUUUGCUCUUCUUGUUGCUCUUUGCCACUUUCUUCAUGUAAUGUGGUAUGUGAAAAUGACAUGGGCUUGGCUGAAAGCUAAAAAGAAGCCUCUUCUUGUAUCUGACAGAGAGAUUGUAUAUGAUGCAUUUAUAUCAUACAGUGAACGGGACUCUGAAUGGGUUCAGAAUAUGAUGGUGCAAGAGUUGGAGAAUACUACACCCAGUCUUAAAUUGUGUCUUCAUAAACGUGAUUUUGUGCCUGGCAAAUGGAUUAUUGAUAAUAUUAUUGAUGCCAUGGAUAAAAGUUACAAAACUCUGUUUGUUUUAUCAGAACAUUUUGUCCAGAGUGAGUGGUGCAAGUAUGAGCUAGAGUUUUCCCAUUUUCGGCUCUUUGAUGAAAACAAUGAUACAGCCAUUUUAAUUCUUUUGGAGCCCAUUGAGAAGGAAACAAUUCCAAAACGAUUUUGUAAACUAAGGAAACUAAUGAAUACCCGAACAUAUAUGGAGUGGCCUUCAGAUGAAGAAGAGCAACAGAUAUUUUGGUUAAAUUUAAAAACAGUACUGCAAGAUAAUGUGGAUGCAAACACAUGCUGAAAUAUACUUUAUAUACAGACAAUGGCAACAAUUUAGUAUUGAAGAAGAAAACCGAGGAAAUAGCCAAAUAGACAAUAAUUUUUUUAAGGAACCGGAUAAAGUUGCUUGUAUAUAGAAAUACAUAGAAUAGUAAAAAAAAUAGAGGUCAAAAGUAAA